GCCACAGCCGCGCAGGGAUACACGCGCGGUCGACUGCCAUCAUCAGGCAGGCCGCGACGACAUGCGAUUCCAUCGUUCACUGCUCGAGCUUCCGUAGUCUUAGCUGCUUGGUUCUGCAAUCGCCUCUCCGCGACCCUACGAAUUUUGCUCUGACGCUAUGGCUACUUACGACAACUUUGACGACUACAACACCGGCAUUGCAACCGCCGUCAAUACAGCGGAUGACGCGUAUAUCACCGUCGAACGCACCCGCACCAACAUGCCGCAGGGAUGGACCAAGUAUACUCAUCCGCAGAGCUGGGCCUACUUCCGUAACGACGAGUAUAAGUUGGUUGUCGAUGACGAUAUUCGCAUACCGGACAUCCUGGCAGGCGUAAAUGAGUACUACCUUGCCAAUCAGACGUCGGCUCUACCGGAUGGGCUGGAAGCAUGCAUGCUGGGCUCUGUUGGCUCCUACUUCUAUCUCAUCAUCGAUCAUAAUCAAUGCGUCGCGGAACAUGCUAGUGCCAAACCUCUUAAGGAUUGGGUUGGCUCGGAGAACAUGUCGGGCGUGAAUCUCCUUCGGCGUCGCAGACUGUACUGGAAUUACAUUCAGGGACAUCCCUCCCAUAUGACGAUGCCGUAUAGAGCAUUGACAGAAGCUGUCGACGCCAUCAGGGCGUACUACUUUGAUAACCUGAUGCACGGUGAACGUAGCUUCGUGCCGUUCUCGAAGGUUGAGUGUGACGAUCUCCUUCAACACUUGGUGGUACCUCAGGGACCCACCAUCCGUGAGACGUCAAUGGUGGCACUUGUCGCAUGGAUCCUCCGUGAAGUUUAUAGCCAUCGCCACGCAGAAGGUUACGGACAAUACACAUUCAACCAACACCGCAUACGUCGACGGACACUCGGCAGCCCGCCUUACGUACCAACGAGCCCAUCCGCCGUCGCUAGCAUACUGCUUCGUUUUCUCGUGAAUGGUCCGUUCUUCGGCAUCCCGCAGACAUACCUGGAGCAUGUGCAGCAUGCCAGCGAGUUUCGUGGACGUUUAUCAAGUCUGCAUCAGAGCUGGAAAGAGUACAAGGAUCAACUCGUUCGGGAGUACUCGGAUUUCAUUCUCGUGUCUACCGUGCUUCUUUCAGCUACCGUCGGUCUGUUGUCUGUGACGGACAUUGCUCAGAUAGCACGCGCAUGCUCAAUCAUGUCAGCCUUCGCUUCGCUCGGCAGUAUUACUACUGGUGUAUUCUUCGUCUGGCGACACCAAAGCGGUACGCAGAUGUCAACGACCCGAACGUUCGCUUACAUCAACAACGCUCACCGGAAUACCUUUGGGCUAUCGGGGCAUGCACUGUUCCUGAGCUUACCAGCUGUACUACUCGUGUGGUCCCUCAUUGGCUUCACAGUGGCGAUCGUCGCGUACGCUCUGCAGCCCAUUACGGGAGACACGGUGUCCGAUGUUGCAUCAACUUCUAUCAUUAUCGCCGUAUUUUUUGUCGUACUCAUUUGCACAGCUCUAGCGAUUUCCGUCUUCGUCAAAAUGUGGAGAUGGGACUCGCACACCUGGAGCUUGAAAUUUGUAAAGUGACCCCAUUGUAACGGUCGAGGGAACAAGGUGACGAGGCUAGCACUAGGGUACAAUGGGUAGACUGUGGACGACGUGCUUUUCGCGGGCGAAGUCGCGUGGAGAAUAUUAAGC